CGUCCACAUCCCUCGAGUUGCCUGUCCAGCCGCGACUCAAUUCCCCUGCUUUUGCAUCGUCGUACUCGCACACGCGCAUAGAGCUUCAGCACCACCGCUGCCCAUCGCUCCUCAGCCUCGACUCCGAGUGCCUGCGCGAGCGACCGCUUCCGGACCCUCGCGCACCUUCCCGCGCUCCAGCCGCGCGACUGAGCCUCCUCGUCGCGCAUCUCGCACGCACAUCGCCUGCCCUUCCACACCGCAAUGUCCUCGACAUCAUCUUCCUCCUCUGCCGACGGCCGCGGCUCAGCAGCGCCCGGCCCCUCGUCGCUUGCCUCGUCCAUGGGCGACAUGUCCCUGUCCGGCGGUGCGCAGUCGCGGCCGCCGGCACCUCGCGCGGCCGCAUCAGGCGGGCCUCCUCCGCGCGGAGGUGGCGGACCGCCGGGUGGUAGCGGCGGCCCGCAGCCAAGGCACACCGGCGCAGGCAUUGGCAGCAUUGCCAGUGUCAACUCGCGCGCUCGCGCCAUGGCUACUGGUCCGCUGCCGCCUAGUCUGCAGGCAAAGCUCGCUGCGAACGCCAAUCGCGGCUCGCCGUCACCGCAGUUCACGCACAUGUCGCCGGACCAACGGCUCGACUCUGCCUCGCUGCUCUCGCGCGGCGGCGGCGGACCAGGAGGCAUUGGCGCGCCAGGCAGCGGCGCACCGAGCAUGAAUGCACCCGGCGCACCCGGCCUGAGCUCGCUGCGUGGUGGGCCGAUGCGCACCACCUCGGCGCCCGCCGUGCCCGCGCCCGGCGCUGGCGGCAUGGCGGCGCGGCGUGCACGCGGCGGCCUGAAGCUCAGCGACAUGGGCAUCAACAUGGACGCCAAUGGCCCGCCUCCGCCAGGCGUGCCGGGUGCGCCGCCGGCCAAGCGCCUCGCACCGCCAGGACGGCUGGCUGGCGCCAGUGCAGGCAACCUGAUGAGCUCGGCCUUCUCGAAUUUCUCGAACGUCGUCGACCCGUCUGGGCGGCUCAACUUUGCCGGCAAGGCCGUGCUGCACCGCUCCGGCGUCGACUUCCACAACGGCACGUCGUUCAACAUCAACAUGGAGGACCUCGAGCUGCUCGACGAGCUGGGCAAGGGCAACUACGGCUCCGUGCGCAUGGUGCGGCACAUGACGACGAAGAUUGACAUGGCGAUGAAGGAGAUCCGCCUAGAGCUCGACGAGUCGAAGCUGCACGGCAUCAUCACCGAGCUCGACAUUCUACAUCGCGCCAUCGCGCCCGAGAUCGUCGAGUUCUACGGCGCCUUCUUCGUCGAGAGCUGCGUGUACUACUGCAUCGAGUACAUGGACGCCGGCUCGCUCGAGGCGCUCUACGACGGGCCGUGCUCGAUCCCAGAGGACGUACUGGCGCGCAUUGUGGGCAGCAUGGUGCGCGGCCUCAGCUUCCUCAAGGAUGAGCUGCAGAUCAUGCAUCGCGACGUCAAGCCUACAAACGUGCUGAUGAACACGCGCGGCGAGUGCAAGCUGUGCGACUUUGGCGUGUCGGGCCAGCUGGAGAAGAGUCUGGCGAAGACGAACAUCGGCUGUCAGAGCUACAUGGCGCCCGAGCGCAUCAAGGGCGAGUCGCAGAAUCUCGUCAGCACAUACACCGUCGCCUCCGACGUCUGGUCGCUCGGCCUCACGAUCGUCGAGGUGACGCUCGGCACGUACCCGUAUCCGCCGGAGACGUACUCGAACGUCUUUGCGCAGCUGCAGGCCAUCGUGCACGGCGACCCGCCGCAGCUGCCGGCGAUGUACACAGAUGUGGCGCGCGACUUUACCGACGGCUGUCUGGAGAAGGUCCCGGAGCGGCGCUCGACGUACGCAUCGAUGCUCAAGCACCCCUGGCUCAUCGCCGACGCCGAGAAGGGCAAGGACGGCGUCGACAUGAAGGGUUGGGUGGAGGAGGCGCUGCGCAAGCGCGGCGAGCGCAAGGCGCGCGAGUCGCAGACGAACAUCCCGGCUGCCGUCGAUGCGCGACCGGUCCGCGCCUCGGCACCGCCGCCAUGAGCCGCAGCUCACCGCAGCCUCCUCCUCUCGUCCCUACGCAUAUCUCUCCUCUCACCAUCCGCCGUGACUGCCUCUCUACCGCGCGCUGAGCUCCACACUGCACCUGCUCGCCCGCCCUCUAUUUGACCUGUCCUUCCCGGCCUGCGACCGCUCAAUUGUUCCCGUCUAUCCAACAUCCGCACGCAAUUCACCGCGCCUACUUCAUGCAGCUCUCGUGCGUCUCCUGCUCGUCAGACGUCGCCGCGAUGGUGAAUGAAUGGCGCCGCGGCCGCAGAUCGAUUGCAUGCGGACGCGUACAUCGUCCGCAUCUCUCGCGAGGGCCGAGCGGGUAUAGCGUGUGAGAAUCGAAUAGGCAGCAAGAGAGGGUGAUAAUCAAUCAUUCGGACGCCCACA